AGGACGACACAUGCCCUAAUCAAAUACAAUUGUCAUGAGAUAACUAUUUGUUGUUGUCCUGGUAACCAUUCAUUUUAUUGGAACAUGAACGAAGAUGAUAUUCAGUGGUGAGAUAUUGUUCACUCCAACUACAACUAUUACCACUAGUAAGUCAACAAAUGAACUUCUCCGUGCUCGCAGGACUUGAUAGAAAUAGCAGUUUAACUAUCCUCAAAUUAUACGCUUCUGUCUUAAAGAAAAAAUGGUCACAUUGGUUAAAGCAAAAAACUGAAUGGUCACAACUAGAGCGCUUUUUAUCAUCGGUCCACUAGAACAAAUCUGGCCUGGGGUUAAACAACAACAGCAUCGAGGAUCAUCUGUAUCACUAUUACGGAACUGGAGUUACAUUGGAAAGACAAAAACAACCCAAGAUGCGAGUUGAUCGAAGCUGUAUAACUGUUCGAUAUGGCUGCUAUGAAUAGCAAUGUACACAGACAUGUUGACAGAAAGGGAAUUUUAGACAUCUGCUUAAAACCUUAUGAAAUAAACAUGCGCACAAAUUAAAAAGUAACACACGCACAUACACACAUACACACGCACACACACACACAAAUACGUACACAAACACGUAAUACAUACACACCGAUACGUAUACAUAUGUCUGCACACAUACACACACACACAUAUUUACGACGGGUUUCAGCACAAUUUCCGUUUACCGAAUUCCAAUCCUAAGAUAUUGAUCGACCAGAGGCUAGGAGUAAGAAGACACUUGUCUAUAGUGCCGCAGAGAGGAUUCUAAUCUGAAACUACGUUGUUGCAAACCGAACCUCCGGAUUACACAAUUGCCUGCCCCUGUAUAUCUAUCUAUAUGUAACAGUAUUUUCUUAAAGCUUAGAUAUUUUGAGGCAAAUUUCUUCGACUGAGGGCUUCAAAGAAGACAAGCACAAACGAAUCAAAUUUCUACAGAUUAUAUUUCAGAAAAAGAAAAACGUGUGUCAAAGAGAUUAUGUCAAAUAAGGGGAAGGAAUAACGAUCGGGAGUCUGUAUUUAUCGAUAUUGUAUAUAAUCUUUAAAAUUUCUGUUUUAAAAUAUUUUUACAAGCAACACAUUUUGUGGAGAGAAGUGAGGUGAAAAUGGUAGGUUUAUCAGCAGAGAUCUCGUUUUCUAUGGCUGGAUUCAAAGGAAGAUGACGAUAAAAUGCACCACUAAAUAUAUGAAACUCAUCAACCGUAACCGUCCAUUCAACUGUUGAAUUAUAUUGUUAUAUUUAACUUUCCAAAAAAAUCUAAGAACAUGUCUGCGGAAACAUUAGAGGACCGUUUGCGUGAGUUGAAGGAAAUUUUAGUUACCAAAGAGAUAAUUAUUCAUAACCAAAAGAAAAAACUCAACGAAAAAGAUCACAUAAUAGAAGAACUUCGCAGUCAAUUGGAUAAAUACCAAUCUGUUCUACCUCUGUCUACUGCGAUUCCAACAUGUGUGGUUGCAGGACCGCGUAAAGUACGAGCUCAAGGAAUUUCUGCUGAACCACAAGUGUUAGGUUCUUUACAUGAGUUCAGUAAUCUACGUUUAAGGAAACAUUCAAAGACCUAUCAUUCAAAGGAGUUAAUCAAGCAAGCCAUUCUUGAAAAUGACUUCAUGCAAAAGCUGGAAAUGCCUCAGAUCCGUGAGAUUGUGGAUUGUAUGUACCCUGUAGAAUAUGCUGAGAACAGCUUGAUCAUCAAAGAAGGAGAUGAAGGGUCAUUGGUCUUCGUCAUGGAAGAGGGCAAAGUUGAAGUGACAAAAGAGGGCCAGAAGCUGUGCCGAAUUGGACCCGGAAAGGUGUUCGGAGAACUGGCAACCCUAUACAACUGUACCCGAACUGCCAGUGUUAGAGCUCUUACUCCAUGCAGGCUAUGGGCCAUCGACCGACCAAGCUUUCAAAGUAUAAUGAUGAGUACAGGGCUGUUGCGGCACUCCGAAAACAUGGCACUGCUGAGAAGUGUUCCGACGUUUAUGAGCCUUAUUGACGAAAACCUCAGUAAAAUUGCAGAUCUACUGGAAGAAGAACAUUAUGAAAAUGGAGAAUAUAUAAUCCGUCAAGGAGCUCGUGGUGAUACCUUUUAUAUCAUCUCUAAAGGAAUGGUGAAAGUCACUAAAAAAGUAAGCGGUACCCAACAAGAUCAGUUAAUUCGUGUUCUACAAAAGGGUGACUUUUUUGGAGAAAAAGCAUUACAUGGAGAUGACUUAAGAACAGCGAAUAUGAUAGCUGCUGACCCAAGUGGAGUGGAUUGUCUUGUACUGGACCGAGAAUGUUAUUCUCAGUUGAUUGGAAACCUUGAUAAUGAACAAAGGAGGUAUGAAGAUAAUGAAGAUGAGCUAUCAUUAGAUCCUGAGUUUAACAAACUAGAAUUAGCAGAUCUCAAAGUUUUGACCACACUGGGUGUUGGAGGUUUUGGUCGUGUGGAACUGGUCCAAAUUAAAGAUGAUGACUCACGAACGUUUGCACUAAAACAGAUGAGAAAACAACAUAUUGUAGAAACACGUCAACAGGAACACAUUCUUAACGAGAAGAAAAUUAUGGCAGAAGCACGAUCGCACUUUAUUGUUAGAUUGUACAGAUCAUUCAAGGACCAAAAAUAUCUAUACAUGUUACUUGAAGUAUGUUUGGGGGGAGAACUAUGGACAAUUCUACGAGACAAGGGUUCCUUUGAUGACACUACCACAAGGUUUUAUACAGGUUGUGUGAUAGAGGCCUUUGAUUACUUACACACCAGAGGAGUUGUCUACAGAGACCUUAAACCAGAAAACCUAUUACUAGACAACCAUGGCUAUGUUAAACUUGUUGAUUUUGGCUUUGCCAAGAAAAUUGGUCAUGGCAAUAAAACGUGGACAUUCUGUGGUACUCCUGAAUAUGUAGCACCUGAGAUAAUCCUCAACAAAGGUCAUGAUUUCUCUUCAGAUUGUUGGUCAUUGGGAAUAUUGAUGUUUGAGUUACUCACAGGAAGUCCUCCAUUCAAUGGAGCUGACCCUAUGAAGACUUACAACAUGAUUUUGAAGGGAAUUGAUGCCAUUGAUUUCCCACGAAAAAUCACAAGAAGUGCCCAGAAUCUAAUCAAGAAACUCUGUCGAGAAAAUCCUACAGAACGACUUGGCUUUGGUCGUUGUGGUAUUCAAGACAUCCAGAAGCAUAAAUGGUUUGAAGGUUUUAACUGGGAUGGGUUAUGUCGAAGAACAAUGGAAGCACCAAUUAUUCAAACGGUGCUUUCUUCGACAGACACAUCAAAUUUUGAUACAUAUUCAGAUGUAGAGGAAGAACCUCCACCAGAUGAUCUCACUGGUUGGGACAAAGACUUUUAA